AUGAAUGCCUCAGCAAAUGUCGUGGAGCCCUUCGAACAAAAAAACACACCCCAAGUGGAAGGCUCAGUUGAUUCCUCCGAGUCCGCCUCGAAACUCCUGAUGCUUUGUGUUGCCUGUCUAGGACUAUUCACCAACACCCUAAUUGUCCUUGUUUUGUGUCACUUUCGUGGUUCCCGAACAGUCGGCGGUGGUGAGAGGUCAGCGAGGGUAAACCUACUGGGGCUGGCAAUUGCGGAUUUUUGCAUAUGUCUGUCUACCCUGCCACUUAUUUACUCCAAGCGGUCUUUUGAGAGUUUCGAUUUUCUGCUCUAUUACACUCUCUUCGGACCUGGUCUUGUCUCCACAUUUCUCACCGUCAGUGCUUGGAUGGUGGUGCUCGUGAGUCUGUUGCGUUACCUCGCCGUGUGUUGGCCCAUCCGCUCGCGGUUUUACCUUCGUUGCAGAAGCGUUGUCAACGCUAUCAUUGGGCUCUACUUUGCGGCAUUUGUUUUCAAUUUACCCCUCUUUCUGCGCUACACUUAUGAGGAAAAUGAAGAGGAUUGUAGCAGUGAUCUCUCAAUCGGCAACAGUUCAGUCUGUUCAAAUUCCAAGCGGAUGCUCCACAUAGUCGAUAGAACUUUCCCAUUGGCCGACCUUCUCAAGGACAUCUACAGUAUAGCUCAUAUAAUCUGCACGAACGUGGGACCCUUCGUGGCUGUCCUGGUAACCAAUAUCUCUGUUAUUAUUGCCUGCAGACGAAGUGAAGAUAUUCGUCUGCGUUUUGGAGCCCACCAGCAACCAGCAGUGCCAAGGCCAGCAGAGGAAUCUUCGAACAGCGGUGCACCUGGCAGACCUAAGCAGGGUUCUACCAGCUCUAAAAUUACAUCCCAUGCCUCCUCACAGACGCCGUCAAAUAAAAGACAACCAAAAAUUGUGAUAGUCAAGCACAAACAUCUUCGCCCGCGAGCACUGCAUCGGGUGACACCACUUCUGCUGGCAGUCAUCUUUGCCUUCCUUCUGCUCUCCACUCCAUUCGGUAUAGUCCAGUUUGUGUGUUUGAAACUCAUUAACAAUAUAGGCAUUCGCAUUAGAAAGGACAUCGACCUGCGGCGGCAGUAUGUUAUUUUAAACACCCUUUUAGAAUGGACCAAUUUCCUACAGGUUUUUGGGUGUGCCGUCAACUUUUUCCUCUACUUCAUGGUUUCACGAACAUUCCGGCGGACCACGCGACGCACCUUUACUCGUAUAUUCAACCGCUGUAGGCAGAAACACGGACUCAGUCAUUUAGCAGCCUACAUGUGCAGCAGCUGUUGCUGCGAAGAACCCAGAUCCUACAAAAAUGAAGCCUAUAUAGUUCGUGUGUAUUCACCGGUUGGUUAA